UGUCCGUCCUGUGACCCUGUCUGCAUUCUCAGGCCUGGUUCCUGCUUUUCUUUUCUCUCUCACUCACUCUGUCUGCAUUUCUACACCUCCACUGAUCCAGACCCCACGGAGAGGCACCCCCGGAGGACUGAGAUCCUUAUGGAGGCCAAAAGCAGGACUGGCCCAGGGGCCCCUAGGAAACAGACAGAGAGGACGGGGAAGAAGGAAGCAACCACACCUCGCAAGACCAACGCCACUGCCCCCAUCGCCCCGCCCAGGAAGAACAACCCCAGCUCGGCUGCACCGCCCCCUGAGGCAGCCCCCCCCCCUGUCGUAGCUCCGCCCCCUGAGGCAGCCCCACCCCCUGUCGUAGCUCCGCCUCCGGACACAGCCCCGCCCCCAGAGCAGCCUGCUGAGGACGGAGCAGAGCUGCAGAACCACCAGCCGCCAGCAGAGGGCGCGGAGACCGGAGAGCCCAGAAAGCACUGCCUGGACUGCCUGAAGCCCCUGCUGAUUGGCGGCGCUGUCGUAGCUGCGGCCGCCAUACUGGUGGGAGCGUUUCUGGUAGCACGAAGGAAUUGAGGGUGUAUCAGCAUUUUCCUAAUGGAGGGGUUAUGGCUUUAUGACUUGAAAAUGCUGUCACUGGGCAAUUGAUUUUGGGGUGCUAUAGUAGUUAGUAUAGGCUGUAAAUUAUAUAAAGGCCACAUGUGAAGCUUUUAUACUUAAGUACAUAAAUACUUCAAAAUUGUGUUUACAUUUUAUCCAGUCUGGUUUGCCCAAAUGCACACUCUUGUCAACCAUGAUCAUUACUGUAAUGUAACUCCAACAUUUCUGUCAUUUGCCAGGGUCACAACUUGAAAUCUUGAAAAAUAACCUAAACUUUGUGGUAGUAAUAGUAGUUGUUUUGUGAAUAGGUCAAGUUUAGUUUGUAAGAACUAAAGCAAAAUGUUUCUUGUAAACUUUUGUGUAGUCAUUUUGUACAUGGCUUUAGGUUACGUGCAACACAGCCAACAUCAUAACUGAUUUCUAGUAAAAAAAAGAAUAGCUGAUUUCUAUUUCUGGACUAAUCGGGAUGUUUCUUCAGGUAUUUCAGAAGAGGUUAUGUGGUGGCUGUGUAUGUACAUAAAUAUGUAAUAGAAUAUUUUAUCAUUUGGCCAGGUUACAUUUAGUUUUUGCCUCUAGAAGAAAUUGAAAAGCAACUGAACUUUGCAGCACCCUUAUAUAGACAUUUGUUAACUGAAUGAAGUUCAGGACAACAACAGGUUAUCCUAAAGUUAGACACUUUAGUUUUGGCAAGUUAGGAUGCUUCUGUAAUAUACAUUUCCUAUCUGGAGUUAUGAUAGGACAAUGAACAUAGGAACUGUUCUUCUGUAAUGGCUAUUUUCUUAAAUCAGGUCCUAACUGAAAUUAUCAUGGUAACAGAUAAGAUAGGAUUUGAAAAUUUUGUUAGAACAUUUCUGUAAUACGGCCCCAGGCACCAGACCUGAAUCAAAUACAUAUUUGUUUUGAAUUCAAAUACUUUUCUACACUUUAUUGAGCUUGUUUGGUGUAUUGGAACCUAUGAAAUACUAUGAAUGUACCUAUGAAUGUACUUAAAAUGUACAAACACCACAAGUCCUCUUGGCCAGCUCAAUUUCACCAACCACAAUCAAUCGAGCACAGAAAAGCAUUUGAACCCAAAACAAAUUUGUAUUUGACCCAGGUCUGCCUUGCAAUGGUUUGUACAUUCAUGACUCAGUUAUACCACGCAUACAUUUUAAGUUAUACAUUUCAACAUUGUCUGUGCUCUGAACUGAAGGCUUGCAAAUAGUUGAAAGAUUUUGUUAAUAUGUGAGAUGGUGACAACACGCUAAUGGAGAUAAAGUCUGUCCAAUGUGUCAAAAUAUACAGCAAUAUUGGAAAGAAUAACAUUACUCACCUGUCUUAAUAUGCAUUAUGCAUUUCAGAAUGUAUCAAGUAAAAGAAAAACAGAUUUUACAGUCAUUUCACGAAGGUUCUGCAAUCUGUGCAUACAUUUACAAAAUGAAAAUGACAGUAAUACGUUGGUAUUUUCUGGUAUAUUUGAAUGUUUUAAUUUCUUUUGGGCUGUAAAUCCCAGCAUGAAACUGGGCAAAUUACUGCAACCUGUUUCUUUUUUUAUUCUUUCUUUUUUUUUUGGCUCAAGCACUUUAAGAAUCUAUUUAUGUAAAAAUAAAGGUGAUGUGGUAAUGCAUGAAUUGUGUGUUCAAGCAGGAGGACCCAGGUAAAAUUAAAUAUAAUUUUAAUCAUUUAAAAAAAAUCUAAAUGCACGAUUAGGUCUUAAAUGUCUAUAUACUGUAAUUAUGUGUAUAUACACAAUGAUAAGAUGUAUACAUUUGUUUGAAGCUGUAUAGGCAGAAUUUUACAGAAAUACUUAGACAUUGGCAAUAUGUCCCAACCUGGCUGCAGGAACUAAAGCUAUUAAAAUGAUUUCUGUUGUAAUACUGCCAUAA